UCUCUGUCCUCGCCGCCUUCCGAUCACCACCGGCGACCGAACCACCAGUCCGCCUCCGCCCACCCAUGCCUCCCCGCCUCUUCCUUUUCCGCCGCCUCCUCUCCACUUCCACGUCGUCUCCCGCCCCGGCGCCCGCGCCCAGGCCGACCGAUCCCGCUCUGCUUCUCCGCCUCUGCACGAUCCUCUACCAGCACCAGCACGAUCCCGACGACAAGCUGCACCGCCGCCUCUCCGCGCUGUCGCUUCCCACCGCGCCCUCCGACCUCCGCGAGCUCUUCCUCCAGGCCUCCGCGCGGUUCCCGCUAUCCUGGCGCCCCGUGCACCGCCUCCUCGCGCACCUCUCCGCCCGCCACUGCGGAGCCAGCGACGGCGGCGGCGGGUUCCCACACUCCCCCGCCACCGCCGCGCGCCUCCUCGACGUCCUCGCCAAGUCCGGGAACACCGACCUCCUCCAAUCCACGCUCUUCUCCCUGCCCCGCACCCUCCUCUCCGCAGCGGCACUUCGCGCCGCCGUCCGCGGCCUCGCCCCGAGCCGCGAGGUCCGGAAGGUCGCCGCGCUCGUGACGCUCUUCCCCGAAUGCCACAGCGCUCGGAUCCUCACGUUUGUCACCGACGUCGCGUGCUCGGAGCCCUGCAGGCUGCCAGACGUGGCGGAGAAGGUGAUCAAGCGCGCCGAGCACCAGCACGGCGUCUCGCGCACCGCGAGGUGCGACGAACUGCUGGUCGUGGCGUACUGCCGCGCGGGGUCGCUCGCGGAAGCCUGCAGGGUGUGGAACGGCAUGGAGAGGCGCGGCCACGAGCCGGGCGCCGCGGCGUACCAGGAGAUCGUGGUGACCAUGUUCAAAAACAACCGCGCCGCGGACGCCAUGCGGGUGUUCGACGGAAUGCGGAGGAGCGGAGUGCAGGACGACGGAGGCGCGUGCUGCCGCGCGGUGGUGUCUUGGCUGUGCAAGGAUGGGAAGGUGUGGGGCGCGUACAUGGUGUUUGCUGAAAUGGUGAAGAUAGGUGUGGAGGUGGACGGGGAGGUGCUGGGUGAUUUGGUGUAUGGGCUGAUUGCGAGGAGAAGGGUUAGGGAAGGAUACAAGGUGUUUCGUGGUGUUAGGGAGAAGGACAUUGCGCUGUAUCAUGGGUUGAUGAAGGGGCUGCUGAGGAUAAAGCGGGCAGAGGAGGCGACCGAGUUGUUCAGGGAGAUGAUCAGCAGGGGAUGUGAACCGAACAUGCACACUUACAUCAUGUUGCUUCAGGGACAUUUGGGGAAGAGAGGCCGGAAGGGCAGGGACCCAUUGGUGAACUUCGAGAGCAUAUUUGUUGGUGGCUUGGUGAAAGCUGGGAGGACACUGGAAGCGACUAAGUUUGUCGAGAGGACAAUGUGGGGUGGGGUGAAUGUGCCAAGGUUCGACUAUAACAAGUUCCUAUACUAUUUCUCGAAUGAGGAGGGGGCACUAAUGUUUGAAGAGGUUGGAAAGAGACUGAGGGAGGUUGGACUAAUUGAUCUUGCAGACAUUUUGUCAACGUACGGUGAGCGCAUGACCACCAGGGAUAGGAGGAGGAGAGCAAUGCAUGGACUUCUAGAAUCAGUUCAGUCAGCUCAGGAUGUUAGUUGCUAAUCGUCAUCUCAGGAGUUAGGAGCUUGUGAUGUUCCGCAGAAAAGCAUCCGGCGUCCGCGUCGGCCCGCCCUUCCUUGCCGAAACCCGACCAGGCGCCGCACAUCCCACUGCUUGAGCUAGCAGUGAGGUGGACCUUCUUCCUGACGGUGAGAAGCGGAUUGAGCCCACAGCAGCUCGCGCGAGCAACGAGAGAGAUAGCCGCACCCGUACCUGCCUCAAUGCCUCCGAUGGCAGCUGGCCCCACCGCCCUGCGAGGCGACGCGGAGGGUUGACUCUGGAGUCUGGACAUGCAUUCAGGCUCCAUAUCUCACUCAUCCAGCUGUCAUUUUAUGAGGUCACAACAAUAUAAGCGGUUCUAAAUUGAAGAAGUGGAGCAUACGGUUGUUAGUGCUGCAGAAGGUGUAAUCCACACUCUCUUGGGGAAGCUUGGGGGCUCGGGGCAGUCCUUGUCCAGGAAGCCUAGCUUCUAGGCGGUGUCCAGGUUGAACUGCAGUACUUGAAGGAUGAGCAGAAAGCAUGGUGGUCUUCCUUCAGGAUCUUGCUGAGAGAAAUGAACAUGGCAAGCAAGUUAAGAUUUGGAUGAGGCAAGUAUGUGAGCUUGUAUAUGAUGUUGAGGAUUGCAUUGAUGAAUUCAAACACCAUCGUGGAGACAGCAGGGGCGGUAGAGGCAGCGGACCUGCGUUUAUUCACAGGAUCACUCGCACGUGCGGCAUCCGUUAACCAGAUUGAAAACAGCUUGUACGUGUUGAAUUACGCCAAGAGAAUCUACUGUGGUGGUUGAUGGACGAGCAUUUACAAAAACUACAGGUGAUAUACAUAUCUGGUUUCAGUGGUUUGGGCAAAAGGACUCUUGCUAUGACAACUUAGCAAAGUCUACCUGCAACAAGUGGAAGUUUUCAGUGCCAAGCUUUUGUAACUGUGUACUCGAGGCGUUCCAGCGCUUGGUGUUUCUUUGCACUGUUCUUUUGGCUUUCUAGCCUCUCUUCUAAUUAAUAUAACAGGCAGCUCUCCAGGCGGUUUGUUAAAAGAAAAAAGCUUUUGUAACUGUGUUCCUACAUGAAUCAGAGCUGUGGCGCACUCUUGUUGUUUCCA